AUGUCGCGGCCUCAAGAAACCACACCGCUUCUGUCCGGGCAGCCCCGCCAAGCCGAUACCGAAGAUGCACCACCACCACGCACGAAAGCGACGCCUCUUCCGCGCAAGCAGCUCUUCGUGCUCUGUCUCAUGCGCAUGACCGAACCCAUCUCGUUCACCGUCAUCUUUCCCUUUGUCAAUGCGAUGCUUCGUGCCAACCUGCCGUCUUCCGUCCCAUCCUCCCGCCUGGGCUACUACGCCGGUCUCGUCGAAUCCGCAUUCGCCUUCGUGCAGUUCCUCACGAUCUUCUUCUGGGCACGUCUGUCCGAUCGUAUCGGUCGCAAGCCUGUCCUUCUCAUCGGUCUCUUCGGGUCCUUUUUGAGCGUCAACGCCUUCGGCUUUGCAAGAACCUUCCCGCAGAUGGUGCUGGCGAGGAGCAUAGCGGGUCUGAUGAAUGGCAACAUUGCCAUCCUGAAGAGCGUACUGGCGGAAGUGACGGACGAGACGAACCAGGCAAGAGCGUUCAGCUUGAUCCCGCUGUGCUUUGCCGUGGGGAGCAUUGUGGGGAAUGGUCUGGGUGGGUGGCUGGUCGGAGUGUGGGGAGGCGAAGGAGAGUGGUUGGAGAACCACCCGUUUUGGCUGCCGUGUGGUGUGGCGAGCGCGUUCAACCUGUGCGCGAUUAUCACCGGUACGCUGUUUCUCAAAGAGACACUGCCGAAGAAGACCAACAAGGUGCCAGAGCAGGGAGCGGAGGUGGUGGAGGAGGAACGACCGCCAUCGAUUCGGUCCUUGCUGGCGGCAAAGUCGAUUCGAAGGAUCCUGGGCACGCAGUUGGGGUUGAACUUUUUGAACGCAUGUCACGCCGCCUUGCUCCCUCUCUUCUGCUACACGGCGAUCGAGCAGGGCGGCCUGUCGUUCACUUCCGCGGACAUCGGCACGGUCCUAGCGCUCAACGGGGGGUUCACGAUCUUCAUCCAGCUCAUUGCGUUCCCCACGUUGGAGCGACGACUAGGCGGACCGGCGCGCGUGUAUGUUCGCGUCACCGCCGCUCUGCCUUUCCUCUGGCUCUGUCUGCCACUCGCCCAUCAACUUGCGAUCAACCACUCCAAGGCGUGGCCCAUGGCAGCACUCGUCCUCGCAAUUGUGCUAAAGGGCAUCAGCAACAUGUCCAUCGUAUCGUCCAAUUUGUUGGUCAACAACUCGGCACCUACGAGGAGCAGUCUGGCCACGUUGAAUAGCGUCAGUCAGAUGGCUGGGUGCUUGAGUCGCACGAUCGGGCCAAGUUUCAGUACGAGCCUGUUUGCGUUUAGUACGAGCAGAGGCGUGCUGGGUGGUCAGCUGGUUUGGUUGGUCAUGUGGGCGAUCAGUGCGGGGACUUGGAUCAUGACGAUGAAAGUCAGAGCGCCCGAGAAGGCCAGCUGGAGAGUCAAGGCGCGGCAGGAAGAGACGGCGCAAAGGGGCACAGAGGCGAGACCACAGGCUUAG